AUGGCGUUAUUACCCUAUUUAUUAGAUUACGAAGUGCGACCCAGACGUCUCCACGACCAACUUUUCGGAUUGGAUCUGGCUGCUGAUGAUUUCCUCUCGGAUAUCUUUGAGCGUCCGAUGCGUCAUUACCGUAGACCUUGGAGAAACUUAUCAUCCCUCCACCGAGAUGUUGGCUCAACAAUAAAAACGGACAAGGAUAAGUUCCAGGUCAAUUUGGACGUUCAGCAUUUCUCCCCGGAAGAAAUAUCAGUUAAAACAGCGAAUAACUGUAUAAUUGUUGAAGGCAAACAUGAGGAGAAGGCAGAUGAGCAUGGUUACAUUUCGCGUCAAUUUAAGCGCCGAUACGCUUUACCAGAAGGUUGUAACCCCGAGAUGGUCGAAUCGAAAUUGUCUUCUGACGGAGUUCUCACGGUUACAGCACCGAAGACGACAGAGGAUAAAGACGAAAGGACCAUCCCAAUAACUCAUACGGGACCCGUGCGAAGAAAGAUAGAAGGCGACGAUAAAAUCCAAAAUGGACAGGAAGGGAAAACUCCGCUUAAGAAAAAGAAACGAAUAUGA